GUGUAUUCCCCAUCCUGGCACAUUAGUCAGCCUAUUGGGAGUACCCUACCACUGUCAAUGCAAUGUUUCACUGUGGCCACCAGAGGUCCCUUGCUGAGUUUACAGAGAGGAUUCUGAAGCAGUUCUGCAUGCUUUCCUGUCCAGUUACCCCGGUUCAUAUCCAACGUUAAACUGCAACCCAGCAACCUGCUACAUACCUGGGAGACGGAGCUCUUCUACAUCUCUACAGCACAGCCAUGGCCACCACAGAAACAAUGUUCACAGACCGAAGUGACUUUGAUUAUGAUUAUGAGACAUUGCGGACCACGGGGGUGGUCCUUGCUGUAGUCAUGUUUUUCUCUGGCAUUUUAAUAGCCCUCAUUCCAGCUCAUCUGGAAGCCAACUUCCACCAAAGACAGAGGUGCCUCCUCAAACUGUAUAGAAAAACUUUUAUACACUCGAAAGGGAGGAAGGCGAUACAGGAGCCACGGCAGAAAAUACAUACCCAGACACACCAGUUGUAUAGCAAUCCCUGGCUAAUAUACUUCUGCCAGCUGGAUGAGCAAUAAACAGGGUUUUCCAAUGCAUCCUUACCUGGUUUCUUUAAGUCUCCAAAUGUUUUCUGUAGAAAUUCUCAAAAUAAGGGGGUGAAAUAUCUAUCUACAGAUUUCUCAGAAUUGUGUGAGUGUUGAAAUUAAAAUAAAAAAAUAUAGUAAAACAAAUGCUCCCAACCAGGCGAUUUGAUAUGGUACUUUUAAUUUAAGAAAUGCAACACUUGUUGUAUCUCUUCCUUACAUGUUACUCCUGUAAAACAAUUAACUUAAGAGCAUGAUGGAAUAUUUAUAUACAAAAUCUGCAGCUCGAAACAAAGAGUAGCAUGCGUUGAUCAAUCGUAACAAUUGUCUUUUGCCUUUAUUUGUCUUUAUUUCUGUUGAUAUCUACUUGUUUAGCAUGGCAGAGUAAUGAAAA